AUGCUCUUAAAAUCUACAAUAUCUAGACGUAUUGAUGUUGAAGAAAUAAAAGAAGCGGAAGAUGCUAUAAUCAAGUGCGUGCAAAAGGAAUGCUUUGUUCAAGAAUUAAAAUGUUUGCAAUCAUCUGAAGGCGUAGUAAAGAAAUCAAGUUCCUUGAGGAGGUUAGAUCCUGUAAUCAAAAAUGGGCUUAUCUGUGUCGGUGGACGUCUCAAGCACGCACCCUAUGAGUAUGAACAUAUGAAGCACCCAGCCAUACUUCCAAAAAGACAUCAUGUGAGCAAUUUGGUCAUUCAGCAUUUUCAUGAAUUAUCCGGACACAGUGGACAAGAAUAUGUUCUUUCCAUCAUCAGAGAAUACUUUUGGAUAAUCCAAGCACGAGUGCCUGUGAAAAAAGUCUGCAGAAGCUGCUUUUCUUGCAAAAGAAGAUCUCAAGCUCCAUGUAAGCAGAAAAUGGCCGACCUUCCAGUGAACAGAGUCACACCAGAUAAACCUCCAUUCACAUUUAUUGGCGUCGACUAUUUCGGACCAUUCCUGGUGAAAAGAGGUCGUGCAACUGAGAAAAGGUAUGGUGUUAUUUUUACUUGCCUUACCGUGCGAGCUGUACAUAUUGAGAUUGCCAACAAUCUUGACACUGAUUCAUUCAUCAAUGCACUGAGAAGGUUUAUAGCUAGACGAGGAGUGCCAAAAGAAAUAAGGUCAGACAAUGGAACCAACUUCAAAGGCGGAGAAAAGGAGCGACGGUUAGCGUUACAGGAAUGGAAUCAAGACAAGUUACAUCAAUUUUUGCUACAAAGAGAUAUCGUUUGGAUAUUCAAUCCUCCAUAUGCAUCACAUAUGGGUGGAGUUUGGGAAAGAAUAAUCCGAUCCAUUAGAAAGAUUUUCAAAGCAUUGGUAAAAAUGCAAAUUCUGAGUGACGAAUGUCUGCAAACCCUAAUGUGCGAAGUAGAAGCAAUCCUAAACGCAAGACCGUUGACAAAAGUUUCAGACGAUCCAUCUGACCUGAGUGUCCUAACGCCGAAUCAUCUUCUCCUUUUCAAAACCAGUUCAAAUCUUCCACCAGGUGUGUUCAGUAAACAGGACCAAUAUUGUCGUCGAAGAUGGAAACAGAUCCAGUAUUUGACCAAUGUGUUUUGGCGAAGAUGGUUGAAAGAAUAUUUACCAAUUUUACAAACAAGACAGAAGUGGCAAGGUAUUAAACAAAAUAUUUCCAAGGGUGACAUAGUGUUAGUUGUAGAAGAAACCACACCUCGAAACCUUUGGCCACUUGGAGUGAUCUUAGACGUUAAUGUUGGAAGAGAUGGUUUGGUUCGUUCAGCACUGGUCAAAACGAAGAACACAGAGUUGCUAAGACCAGUAAACAAAUUAUGCUUGCUUGAAGCCCAAGAGCAGAAAUGA